CUAACUGUAUUUAGUAAUUACAUCAGCGAUUUAAAGGAGCCUUUAACUUCGUCCCAGGUUAGCGAAUUGAAGACCCGCAUCUGAAGUAUAAGCCAACAACUAAUGUAUGUUCAAACACUGAGGACCGCUCCGCACUUUCUCCCGCAAACCCGACACAAAGCAGUGACGAGCCCUCUGGUAAUGUCACGUUGUCUGCUCAACUUUCAACCUACUUGCCCAACAGAACGCAGCAAAAAGUCGUGUGGCGCCUAUAAAGCCCACCACGAUCCCGAGACUCGAGCUGUGCGCUGCGCUCGUCGGAGUGCGCCUAUACGAAAAGGUGUUACGUUCUCUACGAGUGCAACAGAUCCUAGCGACCUGCUUCCAUUGACGCCGGGACACUUCCUCAUCGGUCGCCCCCUCACCGCGCUGCCGACUGACUGCUACGAGCAACACGUCACAGGAACACUGAGCCGAUACCAACAUUUGGAGCAGCUCCGCCAACACUUUUGGCGCAGAUGGAGCAAAGAGUAUAUAUCGGAACUUCAGUUGAGGACGAAAUGGCGCUCUGAUCUCAACCCUUUACAGGAAGGUGUCCUCGUCAUCCUGAAGGAGGACAAUCUACCGCCGCUGAAAUGGCGGCUGGGUCGAGUCGUGGCAGUCCAUCCCGGAGCGGACGGAGUAUCCCGUGUGGCUGACGUGCGGACUGCGACAGGAGUCGUACGCCGCGCUUUUAGCAAGAUCUGCCCGCUGCCUCAAGACGACAUCUAGUUCUGUUGAAGGACGAGCCUUCAACGCCCGGGGGCAUGUUCGCGCCAAUUCGCCCUUGGGAUAUGCGCCUGCCAUUUUUCAACGAGCAACGGCGUAAUUUUAGGAUCACCGUCAUAGAAUUAAGAUUUGUUAAUUUAAAUUAAUUUUUAACUGUGUCAUUCUGUUCGCUGUUAUCGAUCAACUCGCAUUACACGUCUCUUCCCUCUCUGGCAAAAAUUUGUUUUAUUCCGUAUAAAACUCACUAAC